AUGACCAUUAUUAUGGCCAAUCGCAUUCUAAUUUUCAUUACUAUACUUGUGAUCUUGAAUGUUAAUAAAUCAUAUUGUAAUGAUGAUUCAUAUAUAGAGCCCAGAGAAACUGAUGGCUCAGAAAGGGAUAAAAAUUACCAUAAAACUAAAUUUGAAAAGCUCCAAUCGCAAUGUUUUAAUUCAGAAGAGGAUUUAAUUCCUUGUUUAAUGAACGCAUAUCUUACUGUGUAUAAGUUAAGGCCUGAAGGAUUUUGUAACCCAGGUGACCAAAAUUGUUUGGACAUGGUAAAUUCAUAUGAUGAACGGUGUUCUCAAGAUGCUGAGGGAUGUUUAAUUUUAGACUCAGUUGACCUAGUAGAGUUAUCUACAGGUCACGUUUACGUCCCUGACUUAGUGCAAGUUGAAGUUUCAAACUUUAUUUUCAGGAAAUCCGGCGCCUAUAAAUCUUGUGAAUGGCCUAAUUUUACAUGUGUUGGAGAGUGUAAUACUCACUGUGAUUGCAAAUCAAUGGAACUGAUUUAUAAGAGAGAUUUUAAAGCAUUUGUUAAGUUACUAACUGAUAAAAACACUGAACGUAUGGGUUUAAGCGAAAAUUCAGAUCUUUCAGCCCUUAAUAUUUUCCUAUAUACGCUCCUUUUGUACUAUACUGAAACAUAUCUCUACAAUGAUGAUGGUUCUAGCUGGUGGACUAACAGGAAUUUACAUAGUACCUUGAGAUAUUCCAAGUCAAGGGAAACUAAGAAACUAUUUUCAAGAAUGAGAAGGAAUCAGAAAACAAGUAUUUCCAUUGAAUACAGUGACCUUAAGAAAUUAUUUGAUGCAUUGGUAAAGUUUUUGACCACAAAUCCCAUUAGGAAACAUCAACAAGUAGCCUUAUCAUUUGCUAAGAUUGUGCGACACACAAUUGUAAAAUCGGUCCCAUAUUAUAAACACAGUUAUCUAUUCGUCGAUGUCCUGAAAGAUACUAUAGAUAAAAAAUUUGGGCCCUCUUGUUGUUCUAGAUCAUUUUAUGACACCUUUUGUGAUCCUUAUUCUCCAAAUGGACGAAAACUAUUUGAAUCUUUCGUUAAUAGAUGUUUAGAAGGUCGAUGCUAUGUUUUUGAUGAUUAUGAUCUUUUUACUCGUGAAACUACUCAACAGGAAACUGAAAAUACAAGUUCUGAAGAGGAAACUGAAAAUACAAGUUCCGAUCAGGAAGAUGGGCAUAAAAGUUCUGACCACCAAGAUGAGAGUUCUGAAGUGAUAAAUGAGAUUUCUGACCAGAUAGAUGAGGAUAAAAGUUCUGACCAGGAAACUGAGAGUUCGGAUCAGGUUGGGAUUAAGGCAGGUGAUAAUGAGGAGCUAUGUAAUUAUAUACUUCCAAACUUGAGUGAAGUAAAUUUGGUGUAUUAUUUACUCAAAAAUACAAAUUUUAAGCUGGGUAGAUUUAGAUCAUUUUUCACUAAUACAACAAGACCAAGAGCUGAAAUUAAGUACAUGACACCGAGACUACUGCAUAUUAAUAAGAUUAAGUUUCAAGUUCCAAAUGCUACACAUGAAAUUAUACAGACUUUCUUAUAUUAUUGUGCAAUUUUCUUUGUUAAAACAUACAGGGAAUACUGGAUUACUAGGGGGGCUAGACACUUGGCUAACUGGGACGUAAAGUCCAAGUUAACACAGUACCUUCUAGGGUUGGCAAAAGGAAGAGAAUUGAUCAUUAAACAAGAAGAAAUUGUAAAGAUUAUCCCACAGUUUAGAGAAUAUCUGUUGAACUCUUAUUAUAGAGAUCAUCCCAGCAGGGUUAAUAAUUUUGUUGGAAAGAUGGAAGACGUUUUAAUGGCAUAUUAUAACGAUUCAUUAGCGAAUGUAAGUUGUUGCAGAAAACCAUGUGCAGAAUGCUACUGA